AAUGGCCACACCAGAAUGGCUGCCACGAUGAAAGCACUACAUCACCGGCAGCGACGCGCAGGAACGCUCGUUUGCUGUUACCUCGCGAUGCUCACAACACUCGCCACAACGUUGGCAGAGCGAGACAUCUGUACCGUUACGCUGGACGCGAUCGUACCGCCGCUACCGGCACCGUGCCAACCGUUGCGGACCUGCGACCACCAGCUAGCAGCCAAACGCUACGAACAGGCGCGCGCCCAGUGCCGGAUUAGUGCCGCAUCGCGGCGCGAUACCCGGGCCGCCUUUUCCAAGCAGCUCACCAACUGGUACAACGAGCAAACGUUCUUCUUGGAGCAACUCGAGCAGCUCCACGCGGCGAACCACGGGCGGAUCAUCACGAUGGAACAACAGAUCGAGAACGGUACGGUGCUGUUGGCGCAGUUACGCCGCAAACACUUCAUCUACUGCAUCGAAGCGGGCCGAACGAAGGAAGCGCUCCUGUACCAUGCUACCGCCCGGCAACAGCUCAAACCGGGCGAGAUCAUCGAAGCGAUCCGCACGAACCGAGAGCUGCGCGAAGGGACGAUGGUUGCGCUGCUCGACUUUAUACGCGCCCUACCGGACGAAGCGGAACGGCGUGAGCUGUACCGGGCGGCGAAACCCAUACUCGGGCCGAUCCUCCUGCGCACCGAUAUGGCACUGGUGUUCGGGAUUGAUGCCCGGGCGGUGGCGGUGCCGGUGAACGAAACGGAACCGGUGCUCGCGCCGAUGACGGAACGCUAUCGGGAGGAUUAUCUCGAUGGGAACGAUUGGAAUCAUGUGGCGCUGACGCGCUUUGCCCGGGAUUAUCCCCGGUACUACGUGUAUCUGCUGCCGGCGAUUACCACGAUCACGCAGCAACAGUGGAACCGGAUGGUGAAGGUGUUGAGCUUUAAGCUGGCGAUGGGGAUGCCAACGCACGAGCUGCGGUUAUUGACGGCCGAACGGGCGAUGGAGUUGGUGGAGAAGUUUGCGAAGCGGGAUGCGAAGGUACGGGAUCCGCUGCUGAUGCGGUUCUCGUUCAGUGUGUACCGGUUGAAGAAGCAGGCGGAGCACGCGGGCCGUCCGAAGGCGACUAUGGAGCGGAUCGAACGGCUCAUGAAACGGUUCAAUAUGGGACAGAACCGACAGUACGCGUUCUAUCUGAAGGAGUUUGAGAAGCGGUACGUCAAGGAGUGGAAGCGCAUGCAGGAGGAGCUGGCGAAGCGGAAAGGUUAGGUUGCGAGACGUGCGUGCGCGCCUCCGAUAAGAAGCGGAACGGUGAAUAAAGCGAAACGGGGGGCUACUGCUGCUCCAAGGAACAGAAAAAUGGUGAUUUGCUUCCGAGCAAAAUCAAAUUUUUGACUAUCUCCUUUUUAA